GAUUUCGUCGUAUUCAUGUUUAAAUUUUUCUUCUGGAUAAAUCCCAAUGGUUCUAGAAAUUGACUAAUCGAUGAAUAAAUUUGAUUUUUUAUUCACGUGAUAAUUUAAAUUAGAACUUGGGAGUUACUGUUUGAAGUCAUACAGUGUUUUUGUAUUCAUGCAGUAGUGUGGAUCAGACGUGUUUUAUUUUCACGUAUUUGUGUUAAAAAUCUUAAGAAGAUGGAGGCGAAUAAUUCAGGGAACCAGGUGGCAGGAGCUCUGACGUAUCCAGACAGGAAUGAUGACAAUGUGGAGUCAGUUCCCAUUCAGCCUCGGCAACCGAGUAACUUGCAGGGCUUGUUACGCUUUGCUAUGGAGGCUACAAAAAGUGAAGACGCUCCAGGUACAUCCGAAUUCAGUCCAAUGGAUGAUGAGAGGAGGACAUUUUUGGAGGAAGCUCUUAAAAGUCUGACAGUUGAUGUACCUAAGGUGUUGAUGGAUGCUGUCAAAGUGCUGUCAGAUGCGGAGAAGAUGAACAGCAUCCAGCUGGGUCAGGAACUACCAGAUGAUGUUGCGGCGGCUUUCUUUAACAUUCAAGAGUUUAUUUGUGACAUUGAUGUGGCUAAUGAUUUCCACAAGAUAGGAGGGUUCUCGAUAUUUCCUAUCUGCCUGAGCAGUGAGAAUGCGACGGUGCGCAUGGAGGCACUUACCAUCUUGGCGGAGAUGUGCCAGAACAAUCCGUACGGGCAGGCGCGCGCACUAGACGCAGGUCUGAUGUACAUGCUGGUGCAGCUGGCCAACACCGAGGAGGGCAACUUCCUUGUCACCUGUUUAUAUGCUAUCUCUUGUAUGUGUCGCGGCUACGGACCAGCUUGCGACGAACUGUUCGCUAACGGUGGGGGCGCGCUGCUUUCAGAUUUAGUGCGCAACCCAAACAUACGAGUGCGUACCAAAGCCGCCUUCCUCGUCUCCUUCCUCGCCAUCAAUCAUCCCUCUGCUAAAGAGAUCUUUUUGGAGAACAACGUAAUUGGAAACAUAGCGACAUCGCUUGACAGGGGAUUAGACGGCAGCACGUCCUGUACCCUGCACGCGCUACAUGCACUACUGCAAGGCCAGGAACUCCCUCCCCAGGUGAACGACCCGAAAAUCAAAUUGAAGAAGGUUCUAGAAAAACUGGAAAACACCAAAGAGAUUAAAUACGCUGAGUACACAGAUGAAAGGAAAGUUUUAAAGAAUAUUAUGAAGAUUUUAAAGAACGUUCCAGAAGUUGAAGAUGUGAACGAUGAGGAGGCAGAUAGAUAAAUACAUUGAUGGAUGGAUGGACCGAUAGAUGGAUGACAAAACUGCAGUUUUCGAAGAAAUUUCGAAUGGAGUGUAUGGACUUGAUGUAUUUGACGACGAGUUUGUUUCUUGUGUAAAUGUCGAUUUAUCUUGAUAUUAAUA